UCUCCACAUAUUUACCAUUCUAUUGUAGCAAUGAGGUUAUGUAUUCUUUGUCAAUUUCGCCAAAAAAACAAGCAAUUUAGCAAUUUCUAAGUCUGUUCAUUGUUCAAUGAAUACGAUAAGAUAUCUAAAUAAUCGAGAAAAUACAACACCGUCGACUAUAUAUACUAGGUGAAAUGCAAUGGUUUUUUGAUAUUGUGGUUCAUUCUUUUAUCCUUGCGUGUAAGGAAUUGAAACAAAAAAGAAAAAAGAAAGAAGAGUACUACGGACCGAUCGUGAACCUCUCCGUUUUUUAGACUGUAAUCUUUACAUUAUAAAUAUAUAAAAAAAAGAAAACGAUUGGACUUUUGUGACAGGAAACAAUUCUUAAUUAUAUACCCCCCCCCCCUUUCCCAAAAAAAAAGAGCAAGAGAGCAUCAUGAGCAACGAAGAAAAAGACAAUCGUCUUACUUAUACAUAUGGAAGUCGAAGUUCAGAAUCCUCUGACAACGAAGAUAAAAAAGGUCCUCAUGCAUGGACACUAAAGUCGACAGAUGUCGAAGCAAAGGUUGAUGAAGUCGACGUGGAUAACGAGUUGGGACCACCUAUCCCACCUAGUACUUUAUACUCCUUAUUCUUUGGAAAAAAGCAAAAAAUAUCUAAUGAUGCAACCGCUACUCAGUACUCUGUUUACGAUGAUGCUACCCUACGUGAAGCGUAUUACCCUAUUGAUACCUAUGAAAGUAUACACCGGUUCGACACAGGUUUCCGGUGGAAAUGGGGAGAAGAAAAACGACUUGUUAGAAAAUUGGACCUGCUCAUUUUACUUUGGACGUGUAUUAUGUUCUUCGCACUGGAGUUGGAUCGUGCCAAUAUCAAACAAGCCCUAAGUGAUAACUUUUUGGGUGAUCUAGGCAUGACUACAAAUGAUUACAACAAUGGAAUGAUUGUCUUUUAUUGUUCCUUUUUACUUGCAGAAUUACCAUCACAACUCGUCAGUAAACGUGUUGGUCCUGAUCGUUGGAUUCCUACACAAAUUACUUUAUGGAGUAUUGUCACUAUAUUUCAAAUCUUUUUAAAAAACAAAGCUUCUUUUUAUGGGACCCGAGCAUUGCUUGGUGUUUUAGAAGGUGGAUUCAUUCCCGAUGUAGUUUUGUAUCUUUCAUAUUUUUACACUGGUUCUGAGCUAAACCUUCGUUUUUCCGUCUUUUGGAUUUUCCUUUCCAUUGCCGAUAUUUUUGCUGCUUUCUCUGCUGUCGGAAUUCUCAAGCUGGGUGGUAUUCAUGGGCUUUCUGGCUGGCGCUAUCUCUUUUUGAUUCAAGGUCUCAUUACAUUAACCAUUGGAUUGCUCUCGUAUGGCAUGAUGCCUUCUGGACCCACUACCACUGCUUCUUGGUUUCGCGGAAAAAAGGGUUGGUUUAGUGAACGACAGGAAAAAAUCAUUGUCAAUCGGGUAUUGAGAGAUGACCCAUCAAAGGGUACUAUGCACAACCGCCAAGCGUUAACUCCUAAACUGUUUUGGAAAGCCAUUUGUGAUUAUCAUUUGUGGCCAUUGUAUGCUAUUGGGAUUUGUUUCAAUAUUCCGUAUAUUCCACCAAACAAUUACUUAACGCUGAACUUGAAGAGUCUUGGAUUUUCGACAGUUAAAUCCAACUUGUUGGUUCUCCCAUCGACAUUCUUAACAAUCAUCAAUUUGUUAGCAAUCUCUUUCUUCAGUGAAAUGGUUGGUGAGAAAACACUUGUUUGCAUGGGUCCACAGUUUUACGUAUUACCUCUUUUAAUUGCCUUGUAUGUUUUACCCGCAUCAACCAGUAAAUGGGUAUUGUAUGUACUCUCUACCAUGAUUGUUGGAACGCCUUACGCACAUGCCAUACAGGUGGGUUGGAACUCUCAAAAUUCAAAUUCUGUUCGCACUCGCACAGUUUCCGCAUCCCUAUAUAAUGUUUCAGUUCAAAUCGGUAGCAUCAUGUCUUCUUUAAUUUAUCGGGCUGACGAUGCUCCUCGCUAUCGACGAGGAAACCGCGAUCUCAUUGCCAUUACUUGUCUGAACAUUGUUAUUUAUUUAUUUACCAAAUUCUUCUAUGUCCAUAUAAACAAAAAAAGAGAUAAAAUAUGGAAUGGAAUGACGGAAGAGGAGAAAAAAAUAUAUCUCGAUACUACAACGGAUGAAGGAAACAAAAGAUUGGAUUUCCGUUUUCUUCAUUAAAAAUUCUUCCCAUAAAUAUUAGAAAAAUCCUCUACUGUUUUGAUGAAUUCAACGACAAUUUUUUGAUAAUAAGUCUAUUGUGACUCAAUCUUAUAUUUCUAGUUUACUAUCUAUUGAAAUUCGCAUCAAGUAGAGGAAUGUCAUAACUUUUAUACGAUAUUACUCAUAGUGUAAUAAAAUAACACUUA